AUGUCCCUCCCUUCUAUACCCACCUCAGGCGCCACUAAGACGCGUAAAACAGACCACUCAGCCAAGUCUCUUACCCCCCAGCGGAAGCACCGCAAACUUUUGAAGGAUGGGAGCGGUACAGAGGUAUGGCCAGAGGGUAUAGAGAAGGUGUUCGUCGAGGGUCUCCGCCAAUACUGGCAGUCACCUUGGGCCACCUACUCUCGCGGCCGAAGUCGUUGGCGAAAUCAGUUUUUGGUUGACUAUUUGCAAAGAGCCGGCAUCACAAGAACCAAGAAGCAGGUUGCUAGUCACAUCCAGGUGCUACGGAAUAUGUGGAAGGGCGAACAAGAGUUUCACUUGGUGGCGGGCGGCGAAGAGCUCUUCCUUGAAGCCGGUUUAUUGGGAUCCGUCAAGACGGAAGACCAGCACGAAUUGACUCUAAUUCCCCUGGAAUUUGAUGAUAACGAUACGGCCUCGUCGCAGUCUUCACCGAACUUCUCAGAUUUUACCUCCGAAUUCCCGUCGUCCCCUUCGGGCGCCUCUCAGUUAUACGUAUUUGAUUCUUAUUCUCCCGAUAUCUCAGUUGCCUCGCUUACAUCGUCCCCCGAGCAACCGAUUUCCCCUGUCCUCUCAUCCUCCUCAAGCCAACGGUCGCAAUAUGACGCGACGUUGUCGUCGGAACAGGCGGGUCCCUCUCGACUCCACUCUUCCCAAUUUCCCAAACCCGGUCCGAUGGGGGGAUGGCAAAACAUGCAGACCUCGCCAAGUAUGAGCAUAUCGCCAUCGCGGGGUUUCGAUAACCGAGUUACGAGGCUGGAACUUUUGGCGGACGGCAUGGCACCCUUUAGUGUUAGAGUCGAUGCCUUGGUUCCCCGCGCGCAGUCGCCGGUCCUUGCGUCCAUCAGCGAUAUUCGGAGUCCUCCCACGCUCCAUGGUUUUGCCGCAACCAUCUGCUUGUCCAAUGUCUGGGCUACCUAUGGCAAGUGUGCUACCAAAGUUUAUGCUGGUGGUGUAUGUAUAUCGGAAGAACUCGAGGCUAUUCAGGUCAAUAGUGUCGACGUCGGAGUUGUGAACGCUAUGCUCCCCGACUCUUCCCUGACACGGUGUCGGUGGUUAGACGCAUCUGUCCAGACCGCUCUUACCCAAGAGAUUAUCGUAGACAAUACUACUCUGCUCAAAGUCUUUUACGACCUGGAUCGGAAUCCACCAGGUAGUUUGCCCCGUGCUGAACUCGUUGGUUUCCGGAAGUACCAGCCUCCAAGCCAUGCUUACGCUUCGAAUACACCUCAAGCUUAUUCGCCUUCCCGUCUUUCGUAUUCUCAGCCCCCCUUUCCCACAUAUAAUGGUUCUACCCCUCCAUCGCUGUCUGGCGCGUUGACGCCAUCCUCUAUGAAACCGGUAAUAUCUACUUCGUCAUCUUUCUAA